CUGGUGGGCCUGCUCAUGGCUGUCUACUCUGACAAAGGGGAUUACUACUGGUGGCUUCUCCCCCCUGUGGCAGUGAUAUCCAUGGCCUGCCCAGUUCUGUCCAGUGCUUUGGGAUCCAUCUUCAGCAAAUGGGACCUUCCUGUUUUCACUCUGCCCUUCAACAUUGCGGUCACCCUGUACCUGGCAGCCACAGGACACUACAACCCCUUCUUCCCCACAACCCUCAUCAAGCCCAUAGCUGCAGUGCCCAAUAUCACCUGGUCUGACAUCAAUGUGCCUCUGCUCUUACAGUCCAUCCCAGUUGGAAUUGGUCAGGUGUAUGGUUGUGGGAACCCCUGGACUGGCGGCAUUUUCCUUGUGGCUCUGCUCAUCUCCUCCCCACUGAUUUGUCUACAUGCUGCAAUUGGAUCAGCUGUGGGGAUGUUUGCAGCCCUGAGCAUUGCAUCCCCAUUUGACAGCAUCUACCUUGGCUUACACAACUACAACUGUGCCCUGGCCUGCAUCGCCAUCGGGGGCAUGUUCUACGCCCUGACCUGGCAGACACAUUUGCUGUCGCUUGCCUGUGCAUUAUUUUGUGCCUACUCUGGAGCAGCUCUUGCUAAUGCCCUCUCUGUGCUCGGGCUGCCGGUGUGCACCUGGCCCUUCUGCCUCUCCGCGCUCCUCUUCCUGCUGAUAACCUCAGAAAACCCCGCCAUCUACAAAAUGCCCCUCUGCAAAGUCACACACCCAGAAGCCAACCGGAUCUACUACCUGAGGAUGAAGAGAAGGGCCGCGGAGAGCAGGAGGGAGGAGCAGAAGAGAAAGGAGCAGAAACCCUCUGACAGCUCAAAAAUGAGCCCUGGGGGCACCCCACUGUGCACCCCCAAGAGCCGCCACGUUCAGAAUAUCAACAUGGAAAACUGCGUUGAUGUCAAGAUAGAAACCAAGGGGGAAAGGAUGCCAAUGAAGCAGAAUCCACUGAGCACAGGUGGGAAGAGUUUCUGCAGAGCUGUGGGUUACCUCACUGGAGACAUGAAGGAUUUUGGAACCUGGCUGAAAGACAAACCUCUCAUGAUCCAAUUCCUUGACUGGGUGCUGCGUGGGAUAUCCCAGGUGAUGUUUGUCAACAAUCCCCUCAGUGGGCUGGUCAUUCUGACAGGCCUCCUGCUGCAGAACCCAUGGUGGACACUCACAGGAUGUGUGGGAACAGUUGUGUCAACUUUAACAGCACUUAUUUUGUGUCAGGACAGGUCAGCCAUAGCAGCAGGCCUGUAUGGAUACAACGGGGUCCUGGUGGGAUUGCUGAUGGCUGUCUUCUCUGCUGAUGGAGACUACAACUGGUGGCUCCUCCUGCCAGUGGCACUGGUGUCCAUGACCUGCCCUAUUUUCACCAGUGCUUUAAGUGCAGUUUUCUCUAAGUGGGACCUGCCUGUUCUCACCUUGCCUUUCAACUUGGCCUUGACCCUCUACCUGGCUGCUUCAGGACCACACAACCUCUUCUUCCCCACAACUAUCAUUCAUCCUGCAACAGCAACCCCGAAUAUCACCUGGGCAGAUGCAGAAAUCACAAUGCUCCUGCAAUCCAUUCCAGUCGGCGUGGGCCAGGUUUAUGGCUGUGACAAUCCCUGGACUGGGGGAAUUUUCCUAAUUGGUUUAUUUAUCUCCUCUCCACUCAUUUGUGUCCACACACUGAUCGGCUCAGCAGUGGGGAUGCUGGCAGGGCUGAGCUUAGCAACGCCGUUCAACCAAAUCUACCUGGGGCUGUGGGGCUACAACAGCUCCCUGUCCUGUGCUGCCAUCGGGGGCAUGUUCUUGGCUCUCACCUGGCAGACACACCUCCUGGCCAUGGCCUGUGCACUCUUCACUGCCUACCUGGGAGCAGCAGUGACCCACAUGCUGUCUGUGUUUGGGGUGCCAUCAGGAACCUGGCCUUUCUGCUUCUCUGCACUGACCUUCCUGCUCAUGACCACAAACAACUCUGCAAUCUGCAAGCUGCCCCUCUCCAAAGUCACCUACCCAGAAGCCAACCGAGCCUAUUAUCUGAUGAUGAAGAAACAUGAGAGGUCUUGCUGUGAGGCAUAGAGACCCAAGAAGAGAGAACCUCAUCAGAUUUUAAGGCAGGAGCACGAGGUUUUUGCCCAACAGACUGUGAUUUGUGUGCUACCAUGUCCAACACCAACUUCUGUGUGGAGAGACUUUUCCCACCACUGGGAAAAUCCACUAUAAUCUGUUUGUGCUAUUAAGAUUAUUUCUACUAGGUAGGACUGUGCUGUGCUGGAAGGACUUUUUCCAAGAUCAACCUGUUAUGAUUUUAAAGCACACAUGUCUGAAAAGACACUUGAAUUAUAAGCAAUGGGAAAAUUACUUAUAAGCUGAAAAGAAAAAUCGCUCUGUAAAAUUGAAGACACCAAAAUCAGACAUAAGGAAAUAAAGAGCAUCUUUCAGCAUAUGAGGGGGCUUCAAGUUAAUGGCUAAACAGCUUAUGACAGCAAUAGGAGGCAUCUUAGAGAGUUUCACUGUGGCAGAGAAAUGGAAUGAAGAGCACUCUUUGCCAAGUAGAAAAUAGGUUGUGAAGAAUUCUACCUGGAGGACCUCCCAAACCCUAUGGAGAGAGGUGUUCAUUAGCAAUCAACAAACAUAAGAUGGACAUGAUUUUUGUGAUUUUUGUGUUAAUCUCAUGAUUUCUCUUAAUACUUGAACUUGGUGAUGGGUUAGCAAAGGAGGGGACAUCAAGAAAGUCAUUGCUGUCCCUUUCCUAUGCAAUAUAACGUCUCUGUUCAGUCAAUGCACAAAUAGAACUAAUUUGAGCUGAUCUAUUCUUAACUUCUCUCCCUACACUGUCCUUCUCAGCCCAUGAAUAUCAAACAGCAAAAUUCUGGGACUCAGGAGGCUCAGGGGAGACCUUCUGGCUCCCAGGGAACAGGGACAGGAGGAGAGGGAACGGCCUCAAGUUGUGCCAGGGGAGGUUGAAAUUGGAUAUUGGGGAUAAUAUCUUCAUAGAAACAGGCUGUUUGGGGCAGUGGGUGUGUCCCCAUCCCUGGAGGGUUCUAAAGACCUUGUGGAUGUGGCAUGUGGGGACAUGGGUUAGUGGUGGCCUUGGCAGCAAUUGUGUGAUUCUGUGAAGCUGCUGCUCUGCCUUUUCUCUCUGCCCUGCAGUGGGAAAGGGAUGUUUGGGGACCAGCAGAGCUCUGCAGGACACCAGCCAUGUGCCACCUCUGCCCAGGCUCCCCAGGGGUACAGGUAGGGAAGAGGGAAACUGUCCUUGCACCCCACAGCACAGAUCACCUCAACAGGCAUUAACUCAGCCACCUUUCUGCCUGGCUCACUGGCAAACUGUCUCAUGUGGAAGCUCACAUCUUCACCAAAAAUAUUCCACGUACUCAGGUCCCUCAGCCCACAGGAACCUACAUGCAUUAAUGUCACACCACGAAAAGAAAAUCAAAGCCUGUUUUUCUUGUAGCAGAUGAAAUAAAAUCUAGCGUGAUUUUUUGAGUUUGGGAAGGGGAAAAAAAAAAUCCCAAACCAUGUAUUUUUGCAAACAUCACAAAGACCUGAGUGUAAAAUAUUUGUGAUGAAAUGUUGGUUGUAUCUUCUGGUGAAGUUUUAGGUUUUCAGAUGUUCAACAGUA